AUGGCUGAGACCGUAGAUGUCGUCUACACCUCGGCCGAGGAGCUGUCGAAGGAGCGCCGUGCAGAGGCCGACCUGGAUCGAGUGCUGCCGGAGCUGGUCCUGGUGUCGGAGUCGGGGGCGGCCGUGACCGGAGCCGCCAUGGACCUGGCCGCUACGAUCCCAGGGUCCGUGCAGCCGUUGUGCGUCGACGUGCCCCUCCGCCGCCCCCGCUCGUCCCGCUACCGGGGCACGGCCACUGCCGCAGGGGAGGCGGAAACGGCGGCGGCCCGGGGCAGGCGGACCAGGCACGGGAGCCAGGUGCUGAUCGUAGCUCUGGACCAGUGGGCCGCGCCGUCCUGUCCUGUCAUGCGGGAUGUCUCCGCAGGACCUGGGCUUCCUCGACCCCGCCGCCAUGCGCAUGAGCAGCACGCUGCCCGGCAGGGGCGUGCCCGCGGGCUGGCAGCUGAAGGGCAUGUCGAAGCGGGAGUUGGGGCAGCUGCUGUCGCGCGUGGGGUGUACAGCGAGUGGGAAGACGUCAGGCUAACAUUCGAGGCCCCACCAGCAAGGGUCGAGGCGGAGGGCCUCUCCCCGCGCUCCCGCGACGGGGCGCGCCUGAUCAUCGCGGCGCAGCUGGGCGACAGGGAAACAGUGGUGAACCUUCUCAACUCCAAGGUGGACGUGGACAUCAGAGUGAAGGACUUCUUGUCCGCCCAGUGGCUGCGCUCUUCGCUGGACGGCUGGCACGUGCAGGGAACCCGGCUCCAGAACCACCUCGGGAAGAUCAGAUUCAGCUCCGGGGCUGCAGGGUCGGGCGGCAACCAUCCAGACGCGGGACUGGUGGAGUUCCGGGGCAUGGGCUGGACAGCCAAAAUUGUGUGGGAGUGGUCGCCUGGUUGGUGGCAGAGCUCCAAGACAGAAGAGGACGUGGCCUCUUGGAAAUCCGAGGACUGGAAGAAGGUCGAGUGGAAGGACAACGCCUCCGACCUCAGUAGGCCCAAGGACGAGCCAGGAAGGACAUUUAUGCAGGAACAAGAGGAAGAGACGACGUUCGCGGCGGAGGACGACACCGUCGGGGAUCUCUUCGAGACCGAGUUUAGUGAGUCCGAGGCGGACGGCUUUCUGAUAGCGUUAGAUCAGCAGAACCUCACAGAGGAUGAAGCCUAUCAUGUCUUUGCCCAACUCGUGGAGACCAGGCGUAAGCGCACCUGGAAAGAAUCGAAGUUCAACGCGCGCGGUUUCGACGGCCCCACCUGCCUCGCAGUGACCGAGGAGCAGUACCAGACGUGCGCCGAUGAUCUGGUCGGCGGCGCGUGGCUGCCCGGCGACGCCGAGCAGCUCGAGCUCGUCCUGGCCGAGGUCUCGCGGGAGCUGACCUUGGACAACCUGAUGGAUUGCGCUCUCGUGGACACUGCUGCGGGAUCAGCUUUGGUGGGGGAGCCGAAUCUCGAGAAGCUCAGUAAGGCGCUGAACCGCAUCGGCUACGAAGGUCACGUGUCCUACGACGUGGCUGAUCUUCCUCCGGCCUGCGGAGUUGGAGGCAAAGUCAAGCCGGUGGGGCGAGCUUCGGUGCCUGUCACGAUGUGCGGAUGUGGGGUGGUGGAAUUUCUUAUAUUACCACACGCAUGCCCACGCCUCUUGCCCGCCAAGUUUUUAGAGUUUCUCAAGGCCAAGGUAGACAUGAGCAUGGGCGCGAUGUCGGCCGGGGAUUUCAAGCUCAGCGACGACCUCGCCGAGCGCUUCCCGCCCUUCGUCGUUCAGGGCCGUAGGGACCUCGCUCACGUGCUGUCGGCUCUGCGGCGCCGGGCGAGCAGGGUGGUGAACGGCCUCUCUCAGGUCGAGGAGGAGGGCAGCUCGGAUCUCGAGAUGGCCGAGAACUGGGGGGAGAUACCAGACCCGUGGCGCGACGCGGAGCUCCAGCAUCUGGUGCACGACGAGAUGCUCGAUCCUGUGGACAAGGAGAUGUUCUUCGAGGGCCGCUACAUCAUCGAGGAGGCUGCCAUGGCCUGGCGCCGCGUCUCUCUCAAGACGAUCGCGUUCCUCAACGUGUGCGCCAGCUCGCGGAUCAUGACUGCGCUGUCGCCGGUGGUGGGCCCGAACCAGUUCGAAGACGAGGGCCCCAACGUGACUCCGGACACGCGCGAGCAUCCAGUACACCGCCGCCGCACCGGCCAUAAUGGAGUCGCUCACAACUGCCAUUACGAGGUGUGCAAAAUCCGUCUCUGGAUCCGCCGCAAGACCCCUCAGGAGAUCUUCGAGGCAGCUCAGGCUCGUGGCCGUCGGGGCAAGGAGCGCAAGGACCGCGAGGCCAUCAAGAUGCAGGCCGAGAGACUUGCCCAGAGAGCCAAGCUGGAUAUCAAGAUGGAGCCGGAGCCGCGGCCGCGCGAGCCAGCCUACCGCACCCGCCCGGUGCCGAUCUCGAGGAUCACGCACGCGGACGUCAGCAACAUGAUGGACAGCAUCAGGAACGUACUUGCUCAGGGGCGCCAGGGAGUGCAGGAGAUCCGCGACGCGAUCAUCGAGGAGGUGCGCACCGAGAAUGCGAGGGCCAUGGAGGAGGCAAUGCGCAAGGAGCUCAGCCGGAGAGGGUUUCCGGUGUCUCAGGCCAUGGACCUGAAUGCGGGCUUUGAUUUUCGCAAGGCCCAGGUUGCCGAAUAUCAAAUAUCGAAGGCCAGGCUCUUCUGGCUAGAACAGCCUCUCACGGCGACGUCUCGGGAGCUUUACUCUAUGCGAGUCCUGUCCGAGAAACCAGGAGUCAGCUCGGCGAGGACGAAGGCGGCUCAGCACUACCCGCCUGAGCUCGUGAGUGCCCUCGCCGAGGGCAUCGAGGCGGCUGCCUGGUCUCGUGUCUCUCUAGGCCCCCGUUCGUAUCAGGUGGCUGAGGCAGCUGACGUCGUCGCCGACGCGGCGAACCUGUUUCACUCCUACCCGCAGGCCGCUCCUCCUCCAGAGAUUCCAGAAGGAGAGCGCCAGGGUCCGGACUCCGGAGGGGCCCCAUAA